UUUACAACCGGAAGAGGUCUUUUUCACUUCCCCUAAAUUACUUUUAGACCAAACAGCUACAUCGCACGGGGUUCUGAGAAGUUACACUGAAUACGAGUUUUUUCAGUUUUGCAUAGCGAGUAAAUAGCGAGGCUUUGGGUUGAAAACAGAGAUGUCGCACACAAUUUUGCUUGUCCAACCAACCAAGAGACCAGAGGGCCGCACAUACGCUGACUAUGAGUCAGUUAAUGAAUGCAUGGAGGGUGUUUGCAAAAUGUAUGAAGAGCACCUCAAGAGGAUGAAUCCAAACAGUCCCUCCAUUACUUAUGACAUUAGUCAGUUGUUCGACUUUAUUGAUGACUUGGCAGAUCUGAGCUGUCUUGUAUACAGAGCUGACACUCAAACAUAUCAACCAUACAACAAAGACUGGAUUAAGGAGAAGAUAUACGUCCUCUUACGGCGUCAGGCUCAGCAAGCUGCAAAGUCAGUUUGACAGGGGGAAUUAUUUCAUAUUGUACCAAACAUGAGGAAGAGAGAUUGGGGGGAAAAAUUGGGGGAUGUGAAAAAAUUUGGGGAUUUUCUUUUUGGAAAUGUCAUCCUUGGCAGCAUGUGUUUGUAAUUUUUAACGCAAAGCCCUUUUCAGACAUGGUUCCACCACUGUGCUUAAGUGACGGCACUUUUUCCAUUCAGGCCACUUUUUGCAGUUUCAUUCAGACACGUAAGCUCUUUUCACAUGUGCACUGCAGCCUGAAGUCUUUCUUGACAUUACCUGAGAGAGGUGCAUGUAAGAACACAAAGGUGUGAUGCAGUUGGAUUGGACAUUGAAUGGAUUUCAGCCAGGAACAAAAUUCAUGUAAUUUGCAUAGGAACUUAGUCAUAUUAUAGUCAUAUUGUGUCCUUUCUAUAGGAUCAUGCAGCUCCCUCACCUAAACCACAUGGAAGGCUUGCUUUUGUGUUACAUGUGAGAAAGAAAUUUACACAAUGUCCUGAUGUGCCUGUUCCAACAUUUUAAGUUUGUGUGUGAAAACAGCUAUACUGGCAACUGUGGCAAAAGUGUCAUUGAUCUCACAGGACAUUUGCCAUACAUGAAUUCAUUCGUAUUCAUUACCUUUUGGAAGUAAUACAUAAAAAAAUCUGAUGAGGUUAGUAAUUUAAUUAUGAAUCUGAUGUGUGCCAUCAAAAAAGACUACAUGUAUGAAAAGGGCUUCUUUUCUUUUUCUUUGUAAAGACUGCAUUGCCCAUUUUAACAAAGGGAAUGUUUUCACAUUGUUUUCAUUGGCAAAAGAGGUUUGGAAUAAUUGGGGUGAAACUGUACAUUUUGGGCUUUAUACUGAAAAAUUGGGUCAUGGUUGGGAACCUGCAUGUUUAAGUUGUUACACUAUGAUGGGAAGAAUGGAGAAAUACUCCACGGGGUAGAAAAACUUUUUUUUGUGUGUGUUUUUCAGUUUCCCUAAAAGUUAUGUGAAUUUUAUUUCAUUUUUUUCCCCUAUGUACAUUUUCCUGGGUGGUUGAAUUUCAAGACGUUGUGGACUUUGAAAGCAGCCGUUUUAUUUUUGAAGUAGAUCAGUGGCUGAAGACUGAUGAUCACAUGAUGACCCAGGAUAUUUGUUACUAUAAUUAAUGGACGUUUUUGAGUUUUCAUUAUGUUUUAAAAGCCCACCAUUGUGAUAUAAAACGUUUUUGUAAUUCUGCUGUGUUGCAUAACAACUGAUUUCAACUCUGCAUUUCUGUUUUCUUUUAUUGAAACAAAAUAAACGAUUGUUUCUGA